UAGCUUCUUCAAACAUCUUGCUAUCAUAUUCGUCCGAGAAACCUGAAUCAAAACCAUGACUGAGAAUAACAGGAUUAUCAUCUUUAUUGGGCUUUUUCUUACUUUGAUAUCAACUCGAACUGUCGAUGCCUCCGUUGUUUCAACAGGUGACUUCAACAAAGAUUUCUUUGUCACAUGGUCUCCUGGCCAUGUAAACACUUCAGCUGAUGGCAAGACAAUGAGUUUGAAGCUUGACCAAGAAUCCGGUGCUGGUUUUGCUUCAAACCAGAUGUUUUUAUUUGGACAAAUUGACAUGCAGAUUAAACUAGUACCAGGCCAUUCAGCAGGCACAGUUGUGGCCUAUUAUUUAACAUCUGAUCAACCUAACCGUGACGAGGUAGACUAUGAGUUCCUUGGCAAUGUUGAAGGCAAACCAUAUAUCCUUCAAACAAACAUUUUCGCUGACGGGUUGGAUGACCGCGAAGAGAGGAUCAAUCUGUGGUUUGAUCCAACAAAGGACUUCCAUACCUAUUCCAUAUUAUGGAACCUUCACCAAAUUGUAUUUAUGGUGGAUUGGGUUCCAAUUAGACUAUACAGAAACCAUGCAGACAAGGGUGUAGCAUUUCCAAGGUGGCAGCCAAUGAGCAUCAAAGCCAGCCUAUGGAACGGCGACAGCUGGGCAACAGGAGGCGGGCGCGACAAAAUCGAUUGGUCGAAAGGCCCCUUCAUAGCUUCAUUCAGAAACCACACGAUUGAUGCCUGUGUUUGGAAGGGAAAUCCCAGGUUUUGUAGGGCAGAUAGCCCUACAAACUGGUGGAACGAGGAGAGGUUUAGUACCCUAUCAAAUGCACAGAGAAGGUUGUUUAAAUGGGUUAGGAAGUACCACAUGAUUUAUGACUAUUGCGAAGAUAAGGAGAGGUUCCAAGGCAACCUUCCAAAGGAGUGUUCUCUACCUAAAUACUGAUAUAAAAAAAAAAAAAAAAAAAUUACCAAAAAUAUUAAUUUCUCUUUCAUUAUUUGUUUUCCUGUAUUUUUUUUCUCUGUGUUUAUCUUGUAGCUGAUUUAUUUGUAAGAUAGAAAUUACACAGAGGUUUGUUUUGGAUGAGACUUGGAAGUAAAGUAACUUUUCUUUUGGA